GGAAGUAUAUAUAUGCCGAUAUAUGUAUCAACAAUACAAUCAAAGAAACCGAACUAUACAAAAUAAAAUAAAAUAAAUUAGAAUUUAAAUUCUAUAAUAGAGAAAUAAUUGGGGAAUAGAGGAAGAGUGGAAUAGAGGAAUGACAGAGGUAUAAGAGAGGAAUAAUCGGGGAAUAGAGGAAUAGCGACCGACCGACCGGAAUACAUUUUGAAACGUUCCCUUACUAGACAAUAUACUAACUUCAACUGGAAGAACAGUUGGUUCUAUUAAAUUUUUAAGUCGCGAAUUAUCAUGUCAAGCGCUAAGUUUAGUCUAUAAUGCAUUUGUUUUAAGUUGUAUUAAUUAUGCUAGUAUACUCUACUGUGGAACAAUAGAUACAAACCUUCGCAAAUUAAAUUCUCUUCAAUAUAGUGCAGGUGUGGCCGUUUCUGGAGCUAUGAGAGGUAGCUCACAUGAAAAAGUAUGUGCUGAAAUAGGAUGGGUACCAUUUUUUAUCAAACAAGAAAAAGAAGACGUAUUUCCACCUAUACCUAUUAAAUAUGAUUUUUUCGCCAUGUUUAUUACUAUGUUACUAUGUUUAUUUUAUAAAAUUUUAAAAGGUGUAACUGAUUUACAUUCUCUUAUUCCACCUCCAACGCAAACUACUAUUAUGACUCUGAGAAGCCAUAAUGCACAACAAGUAACAACAUUAAGAAGAGGAAGUGAAUAUCUACAACAGACUUUUAUUCCAUCGUCUUCUAAACUGUGGAAUGGCUUAUCAAAUGUAAUAAAAGAAUCAAAAAAUUAUGCCACUUUCAAAUGUUAUGCAAAAGAUGCGUUCAACGUUUAUUUCAUGGGACAAAAAAUACCCGAUUCCACUCAACACUCAUUUGUCGCAUUAACCGAUGGCUAUGGAAAAGAUGCGUUUAAUGUGUAUUUUCGUGGCCAAAAGGUGGCUGAUGCUACUCAACAUUCAUUUUCCUGUUUAGGACAAGGUUAUGGAAAAGAUGCGUUCAACGUUUAUUUCAUGGGACAAAAAAUACCCGAUGCCACACAACAUAGUUUUCAGUUGAUGGGAAAUGGUUACGCAAAGGAUGCUUUUAAUGCAUAUUACUACGGGAAAAAAGUGGGUGGCGCGAAUACAUGCAAUUUUCAUGGGCCCCCACCACCCGAUUGUUUUCCACCACAUGAUCCAUUUUACCAUGGACAGUGA